AUGAGUUGCUAUUUGCCAACUUCUAGCAUCAGAACUUCCUCUGAUGGCAUCAUUAAUGUCCCAACAUCAUCUACACCAUCAUCCACAGCAAUCAAGUUCGAGGCUCCUAAUGGGGUGUCCCAUAAGCAAAUAGCAAGCAAUCUUAGCAAAAGCUCCGAGGAUUCUUGUGCUUCCAGAAAAAGAAAAUUCAGAUAUCCUGAUCUCUAUAAAAAUGGUCCAGACUCUGUCGCUACCAAUUCCAAUAGAUUGGAUCCAUCAAAACGUCCAAAGAUAUCAUAUCCUCCAAUCACCACCACCACUACCGGAGCUAAUCCUGGCAACAUCAUCGCUACCCAUUCUUCUUCAUCUUGGACCCCUCCUUCCCCAACUACUCAAUCAAAUUACCUUUCUAAUAAAUCAUCAACUUCAUCAUUAACCUCGUCAGUGAUCAGAGAUUGCUCCUUGAACUAUUUGGAUACAUUACCAACCAACGUCAAUAAGUUGCCUGGUACUGAAGAUCCUUGGGAUAUUAGCGAUAGCAGCGAUUCAGACUUUGCUAUUGGUCAUAAUCACAAUUAUAAGAUCCAAUCUGGUUCGACUGAUAAUACAAGCCUCGCUGCGAGUUAUGGAGCUACUACUACCGAUCUGCAGGAAAUGGAAAGCUUCUACAUUAACUGGAGGAAAAACUUUGAAAAAUGGCUAUUCAUUAAGAAUCCUGAAAAAUACGGAGAAUUCAAGAACUUUUUAAAGUUUAACUCUAACACCGCAACUUCAAAUUCAUUUGGUGGUAGCGACGUUUCGGAUUUCGAGUCUUCUCCAAGCUCAUCCCCUCGUCGCCAUGCAAAUUUCAACCAUCCUUCUAACAUUACUUUUGGUGGUAAUCCUUUCCACAAAAGAUCUUAUUCUUCAGGAGCUACUGAGUCCUCGUCUAUCAAGGAUAAAAUAAACCAAUAUCUUGUCCAUAAACCAGUAUUCAAUUCAAGAAUCUCCAGGAAGUUCAAAAAUAAGAGCACCGAAAUAAUGUUACAUAAAAUAACCAAGAAAAGAAGCUUUACUGGUUUGCCAGCCUCUAAUAAUUCUAUUUCAACUUUGAUUAGAGCAGCUAAUCAACUUUCAUCGCUGCCUGGAACAAUCGUUUCUCAAAAAGUGCCGGUUACCAAGCAAUAUAUUACUGAUGAUGUUAAGCUCAGCCCAAUAUUGUCAAUUUCUAAAAACUCUCACUCAAAAUCUAAUGGUCAACCCAAAAAAAUUAGAUUACCAUCAAUUGAUGAGAUUUUUGAUCCACAAUCUGCAGUUUCUUCUUCUGGUUCCACUACCACCAUCAACAAUCAACUAGUCAAUGGCGCACAGGAUAGAAGAUCCAUCUCCACUUCAUCUGUCGAAUCUACCAACUCCGUAUUUUCCGAUAAUGGUUCCAUCAAUUCUUUCAUGGAAGAAGAAUAUAUUCCUAAUGAUACUACUGCUGCCAAGUCAGCGUUAUCCCCUCCUCUAAUUGCAUUCAAAUCCGAUUUCCCCAACCCUCAAAAUAUCAAUUCCGCCUACUAUAAACCUCAAUCAGUGAAACAUUCCUCCACAUCUCCUUACAAUUAUGUCACCUCUCCAUCGGCGGCUAAUUCAUCAUUUGGUCACCAAGUUAUGCCUCAAAUCGUGAAGAAACCAUCGCCAAAAAAGCCAUCGCCAGUGCAAAACAAGGUUACCGGUUCUCCUUCUCCAAAGAAGCCGAAAUCCUCACACCAUUGCAAACGUACUUGUGUCUCAUGUGGCUCGAGUCAAUCUCCAUGCUGGCGUCCUUCAUGGUCUUCUAGCUCUGGUCAACUUUGUAACUCCUGUGGAUUAAGAUACAAGAAGACCAACGCUAGAUGUUUGAACAAUAAGUGUUUGAGAAUCCCAGCAAAGGGUGAGUUCAAUCUAAUCAAGAACAAGGCUGCUGGAAAAGUCGAAGACUAUAAAUGUUUGAGAUGUGGAUCUGAGGUCGAAGUUAAAUGA